UCUACGCGAGGGGAAAGUGGUCAAUCGCUGGUAUAAAUGGGGCCGAGUCAUUCAAGGUAGGUACUGUCUGUGCGAGCAACGCAGAACAAGACUUCAACAUGCUUAAGGCCGUAGUUCUCCUUGGACUCAUCGCCAGCUCCCUUGCCGGCCACGUUGGUGUUGGCUACGGCUAUUCUACCCUCGGCCACGUCUUCGGUGGUGCCGUUGCUGCCCCAGCCGUUGCUAGCUACGGCUACGGAGUCUCUGCCCCAGUCGUCGGCCAUGCCGUCGCUGCUCCAGCCGUCUCCUAUGCCGCCCCAGCAGUUAGCUACACCCGCUACAGCGUUGCCCGUCCAGCUGUGACCUACGCCGCUGCUCCAGCUGUCCACGCUGUUGCUGCUCCAGUUGCUGUCGCCCGUCCAGCUGUGACCUACGCCGCUGCUCCAGUUGCUGUUGCUCGCCCGGCUGUCGCUUCUUACAGUUAUGCCCCAGCUGUCCACACCGUCGCUGCCGCUCCAGUUGCUGUUGCCCGCCCAGCUGUCGCUUCUUACAGUUAUGCCCCAGCAGUCCACACCGUCGCUGCCGCCCCAGUUGCUGUUGCUCGCCCAGCUGUCGCUUCUUACAGCUAUGCUCCAGCUGUCCAGACCGUCGCUGCCGCCCCAGUUGCUGUUGCCCGCCCAGCUGUCGCUUCUUACAGCUAUGCUCCAGCUGUCCAGACUGUCGCUGCCGCCCCAGUUGCUGUUGCCCGCCCAGCCGUGACCGUUGCUGCUGCUCCAGCUGUUGCUUCCUAUUCCGUUGCUGCCCCAGCUGCCGUCGCCACCACCACCACCGUCCACCACGCUCCAGCCGUCCACACCGUCGCUGCCGCCCCAGUCGUCAGCCACGCCGUUGCUGCCGCCCCAGUCGUCAGCCACGCCGUUGCUGCCCCAGUUGUCAGCCACGCUGUUGCCGCUCCAGCUGUUGCCACAUACGGUCUUGGCUACGGUCUUGGCUACGGCCACGGUCUUGGCUACGGCCACGGUCUCACCUACGGUCUUGGUUACACCGGCUACGGCCUCAACGCUGGAUACACCCUUGGCGGAUACAACUACGGUCUCGGUGGCCACUACUACGCUCUCCGCAAGAAAUAGACAGUGACUACAAUCACAAGAACUCCCCACCAACACUAAGUCCAUGCGAAGUCAACAAUGUCCAUGUCACGACAUAUCCACGCACAACUAGAAGGUGCUGUGUUAAUAAAGUGAAAUCACUUGUUACAGUA